UGGAGGCGGCGGCGCGGGCGGGUUUGAAUCGCGGCCGCCCCGGCUCCGCCAUGAACUUCUCAGAGCUGUUUAAGCUCUCGGGGCUCCUUGGCCGGUUCUCCCCGGACGGCCGCUGCCUGGCAUCGUGCAUGCAGUACCGCCUGGCUGUCCGGGAUGCGGGCAGCCUGCAGAUCCUCCAUGUGUACACGUGCCUGGACCAGAUCCAGUACAUAGAGUGGUCAUCCGACUCGCUGUUCAUACUGUGUGCCAUGUACAAGCGAGGGAUUGUGCAGGUCUGGUCCCUAGAGCAGCCGGACUGGCACUGUAAGAUAGACGAGGGGUCAGCAGGAUUGGUGGCCUCAUGCUGGAGUCCGGAUGGUCGUCACAUUCUCAACACAACCGAGUUCCAUCUGCGGAUAACAGUGUGGUCCUUGUGUACCAAGUCUGUAUCUUACAUCAAGUAUCCCAAAGCUUGUCAGCAGGGGAUAGCUUUCACUAAGGAUGGCCGCUACAUGGCAGUAGCAGAAAGACGUGACUGCAAGGACUUCAUUAGCAUCUUUGUGUGCAGUGACUGGCAGCUACUGAGACAUUUUGACACUGAAACCCAAGAUCUGUUUGGGAUUGAAUGGGCUCCUAAUGGCUGUGUCCUGGCAGUGUGGGAUACGUGUCUGGAGUAUAAAAUACUGCUGUACUCCCUCGACGGCAGACUGCUGUCCACGUAUCGGGCUUAUGAAUGGUCACUCGGCAUUAAAUCAGUGGCCUGGAGUCCCAGCAGUCAAUUUCUGGCAAUUGGCAGCUAUGAUGAAAAGGUGCGUAUCUUGAACCAUGUAACCUGGAAGAAGAUCACAGAGUUUGAGCAUCCAGCAACUGUUGUGAACACAAAGACUAUUGUGUAUAAAGAAGUGGAGAAAUCCCCAUCUGUUGAAACAGAGAGACUUUCUUUCCCUCCAACAAGAGCAUUGGCUAGUUCUCUCUUCAGCACACAAAGUAAAUAUGCUGUAUCUGAGGUGCCGCUCUCUUUGCACCAUGUCAAACCAGCUGCUGACCGGGCAAAUCCCAAAAUGGGCAUCGGGAUGUUGGCAUUCAGUCCGGAUAACUGCUUCCUGGCUACCAAAAAUGAUAACAUUCCUAAUGCUGUCUGGAUCUGGGACAUUCAAAAGCUGAAGCUGUUUGUAGUCCUGGAGCAGCUGUGUGCCAUCCAGUGCUUCCAGUGGGACCCCCGACAACCCCGCCUGGCUGUAUGCACAGGGAAUAGUAAUGUCUACUUGUGGUCUGCAGCCGGCUGUGUGUCUGUGCAGGUCCCAGUGGAAGGUGACUUCCCAAUUGUGUCUCUGUCCUGGCAUUCCAGUGGAGACUCCAUGGUACUUCUAAGUAAGGACAACUUUUGUGUCUGUUACUUGGAAAGAGAAGAGGUAAAGUAACAACCCUGUGCAUUAAACUGCUCACAAGCUUGAGGAGGAAUGAGGACGGGGCCAAACCUUUUUGCCCAGUGUGAGUUCUUGUAUUUAUGGAUUAUUUAUUGAAGGAGCCUACCCAAACUCCAGUGUGUGAAGUACUGUGAUUGCACUUGAAUGAAGUGAUGUAGCAACUGUGUGUAGAGAAUGAGAUGUGGCUUGCAAGAAAACUGUAGUACUUAUGUCUUUGAACUUUCUC